UGAGCAGCAGGCUGAAAGUUUUAUCACUACUGGGCAAGAAGCCUUGACAUCAUCUCCUACAUCUCAACAAUCAACGCAACAAACUUUAUUACAAGAUUCGUCAACCUUAUCAGGUAAUGAUACAGAAAAAUCUAAAAGUACUCGCCCUCGUAGAUGGACACGAAGAAAAGUAGUAAUAAAAACCACCGGUGCUGAAAUUGCUAUACCUGUUUGGUAUUCUA